UGUAAAGUUUUAUGGCAUUGAAGUCCUGGGGGUAUAAGGUUCACUAAUCCUUAGCUGCAAGGUCCUUUCGCUUUUCUGGAUACGCGAGAAGCAACGAUUCAAUGAUAAGUCAAAAUAAAAGGUCAAGACUGACAUCAACCAGGUCAAAAGGGAUUUAUCUGUGCAAGCUGCAAACCCCGCAACACAGUCAACAUGUAUAAGACAACCAAUGAUGAUAUUUUUGCAUAUGCGCUGUCUAAGACCCUGACAAAGGUUUCAUCACCUACAACUGUGGGACUCUACUCCUCCUGCGAUGAUCGAAUUAACAUGAUCCUCGAACAAAUGGCGGUGUACAUGAAGCAGGAAGCUUCGAAGAUUGAGCAGAAAUACAAAGGAAGCUAUAAGCCUCGCUCAGUUACUCCUUCAUUUCAUGGAUUUCUAGCUCUCAUUGGUCGAAUGCUCUUCUACAGCCCCAUUUGGACAGAGGAGAACCAGCAUUUCCAUAACAUCCGGUUCAUUAAUGUACAUUUUAGUCCCUGGCAUUUUGCAAGCAGUGACCUGCUUUGGGCUGGAAUAGCCAUGCGGCUGUUUGAGGCCAUGCAGAUGGACUUUGGGAAAUUAAAUAUUGUGCUCUACCGUGUGGCUCAACAUGACGAAGAAGAAGAAGUCCAGAAGAAGAAAGUGGAGGAGGACAGUCCAAACCAUUGGAGGUCCAGAAAGAUUUGCUGCUGCCCACUGUGGUUUCUCUGCCUGUCCAUUCUUGUGGUACCACUUAUCCUCCUGGUAUUGUUUUUGCUCUUUGGCCUUCCCGGGCAUGAGCUGGAACCUGGAGCGCUGGUGAACGGAACAACCACCAAGGUGGGUGUGAUGGAUGGCAUGGUAAUUGCUGCCAUUGGAGUCCCCGCCGCAAGCGCAGUGAGGUUUCUCUUUCAGAUGGGUAAGAACCUCAUCUCCAGCCUGGAUCUGAACAUCAAGAAGGGGAUGGACAAUGAGCGCAUGAGCAUCCAGCUGGGCUUCAUGAACGAAGUGAGGAAGGAGAUGUGGUUUCUUUCUCAAUUCAUCAAGUUUAUGGAGGUGUUUGAGAGGAGGAGGAUCCGUGUGGUACUGAAGAUCACCAAUCUGGACCGCUGCUCCCCCAAGAAAAUUGUCUCAGUUAUGGAUGCGAUCAACAUUCUGCUUUCACACGAGGAGAGUCCUUAUUUUUCCAUCCUGGCCGUCGACCCAGAGGUUCUUGUGCAGAAACUGAACUUUACGGAUGGCUGCUUCAGCAAAGAAGACAGGGCGUAUGCGUUGUUGAACCGCAUCGUGACGCUGGCCUUCACCGCCCCGCCACUGUGCGGCGAUUCAAAGCGCAGUUUAUUUGACAGCCUCAUGAGGAAUUCCAAAAAACCUGAGGGCGUAAUCGUGUACAAAGACAAACGUAGAACUGGGAGCCUCGAAAAGACCCCUUCCUCAGUGGAGAGUUUAUUUGACACAAAAGAAUCGUAUCCACUGAUGGACAGAACUGCAGAUGCACUGGAGGUAGAGGAGCUGAUCAGCAGCACCCUGGCCAGCUAUGAAAAGAAUCUAAACAAGUACAUGCUAGAGGAUGCCAUGUGCAUGAGGAGGGAGAUCAACUCCAUACGACUGACUGUGAUCAUUAUGAAUGCCUUGAAGAAGGAGCUUCCUCAACCAGACUCCAUGGCAGCAUGGGUGGUCUUGGCUAAUCAGUGGCCCUGCCGCCUCAGCUGGAUUAUCCAGUGUGUGGAAGACGCUCAGCAGAGAGCAGUUAUCGAUCGUAACAAUAAGGCCGACACUGACGAUUCAAAGACCUUGUGGGAAGUCUUCAGUGAUUCCAGGGCUGAGCUGUACGUGAUGAGUGCACAGAUUGAUGACCUCCUUGAGCAGGAUGGAGAUCCCGAGAUGUUUGAAAUAUUUCUCAAAAUAGAUUUCCGAUUCACGGUGAAGGACUUGAAAACAUUUGAAGUGGCAACGGUGAACUUGGAUCGUUCAAUUAGGAAGGAGCUGGCUCACCUCAGAGGGACCUCCAGGCUGAACGAUACUGGUUGGAUGAGGAACCUUGCUCCUCUGCCAAUCACAACAAUCAUCAAUAUGGAUAAAGAGGAUGUGUGUAAAGAGUUGGAAAGAAUGACAUAUCCCAGUAAGUAUAUUGAUAUUGUAAGAAGCAAAGACCUCAGUGGCAUGGCACUGCUCUUUGCUGAUGCAGAGGACCUUAAACGCAUCCUAGAUAUGACCUUGGGUGAAUGGGCAACUUUCAGACUGCACUUCCUGGUUUCACUAUCACCUUCCCAUUCUCAGAAGCAGCCGUCGAAACCUCGCCUCCAUGAUCCCCAUCAGCAUCAGUAGACGUCUACUGUUGACAGCAUGUAAGUGUGUGAUAUCACAUUUCAAAUGUGAUAUCCCACACAUUAUG